GUUGUUGGCUCCCGGACUUUCUUCUCUCCUCUCUUUCCCAGAAAAGACUGAACAGGAAGAUAACCUUCAUAAACAGCAGCUUCCCUCAAUCUUUGCUUCCUCAUUUUAUUCUUCCUUUUUCAAAACAUCACACCUACCCACACACCUAAAUACCCGCAUAUAUCCAACUCCCAAUUGACCCGAUUCACCUAUUUAACCGUUGGCUCAGGAUCGAACUUUUCAAGAUUUGAAUUUCCAAGACUUGAUUUUUAUUAACUGUAAUAGAGAAAAAGUUGAUAGGAAGAAGUGGGAAACCAAUAUAGGGGAAAAAUGGUAGUGGCGGCAGCCGGAAGAUAUGGGUUGGUGGUGGUUUUGGCCUGGGUGGUCUUUCCGGCGGCUAUCGUGUUGUGUGGAGAAAUGGGGUUGACCUUCCAGCUGGAGAGGGCCUUUCCGACGAGUCAUGGUGUCCCACUUGGUGAACUCCGGGCACGUGAUCGGUCCAGACACGGCCGGUUCUUGCAGCAAUCUUCUCUUGGUGGAGUUGUUGAUUUCCCUGUUGAAGGCACCUAUGACCCUUUUGUUGUUGGGCUGUACUUUACAAGAGUUCUACUAGGUUCACCACCGAAAGAAUUCUAUGUACAGAUUGAUACUGGAAGUGAUGUUUUGUGGGUUAGUUGCGCAUCCUGCAAUGGUUGCCCUACAUCUAGUGGACUCCAGAUCCAGCUUGAGUUCUUUGAUCCGUCAGGUUCACCGACAGCUUCACCGAUUUCAUGUUCUGACCAGAAAUGUGCGCUUGGAAUUCAGUCUUCUGACUCGGAGUGUUCUAAUGGUAAUCAAUGCAGUUACACUUUCCAGUAUGGAGACGGUAGUGGGACAUCAGGGUAUUAUGUGUCAGACUUGAUGCAUUUUGAUACCAUUGCUGGUAACUCUGUGACGUCAAAUUCUUCAGCUAAAGUUGCCUUUGGUUGUAGCACAUCACAGACUGGUGACUUGACAAAGUCUGAUAGAGCAGUUGAUGGAAUUUUUGGGUUUGGGCAGCAAGGUAUGUCUGUGAUUGCACAACUUGCUUCACAAGGAGCGAUACCAAACGCAUUCUCUCAUUGCUUGAAAGGAGGUAACGGUGGUGGAGGUAUCCUGGUUCUUGGUCAGGUCAUCCACCCGAAUAUUGUUUACACUCCCCUUGUCCAGUCACAGCCACAUUACAAUCUGAAUCUUCAGAGCAUUGCUGUGAAUGGGCAGUCAGUGCCUAUUGAUUCACAAGUAUUUACAACUUCAAGCACCCGAGGAACUAUUGUUGAUUCUGGAACUACUCUGGCAUACCUUGCAGAGGAGGCUUAUGAUCCUUUUGUUGAUGCUAUUAAUCAAAUUGUUCUACAAUCAGUACGUGCUUUUGUUUCUCGGGGAAGUCAGUGUUAUUUAGUCACCUCCACCUCCAGUGUCUCUGACAUAUUUCCCAAAGUUAGUUUAAACUUCGCUGGUGGUGCGUCAAUGGUGUUAAAUCCUCAGGACUACCUUUUACAGCAGAACUCCAUUAAUGGUGCAGCAGUCUGGUGCAUCGGCUUUCAGAAAAUUCAGGGUCAAGGGUUGACAAUUCUUGGAGACCUUGUUCUGAAAGACAAGAUUGUUGUUUAUGAUUUGGCUGGCCAAAGGAUUGGAUGGGCUAACUAUGACUGUUCCUCGCCAGUAAAUGUCUCAGCAACCCCAAGUACAGGGAAAAGUGAAUAUGUAAAUGCUGGGCAGAUUGAUAAUAACAGUUCAUCCCGUGAUGAUCUUCACAGUCGGAUAUUAGUCACCAUCCUGGUUUUCUUCUUGUACGCGUUAGUAUAUGGAGAAUUCUCAGUUUUGUGACAUCAAUAGGGAAAUUUUUGGACUGGAAUUCUAUCUCUUUGUAUAGCUUCUAGCUGGUAUUUAAUUUAUAGCAAUUGGCAGGAUACAUUGUUAUAGUUUUGGACAGGCUGGUAUGUUUGUAUUAUUACUUUGGCCUUGUUCUGUUUUUGGCCACUCAUUUACCAGCAGAUGUAGAAUGACUGGCCUCACAAGGCCCUGUUGUACAUUAGACACGAACCAGAUUCUUGAAUUCACACCUCAUUAAUACAGAGAUUCUCAUCUGUUUGUUUUAAA